CCCGGCCAUGAUUGGCUGCUCCUUCGUGGUGAACAGGAAAUUCUUUGGCGAGAUUGGGCUGCUGGACCCCGGCAUGGACGUGUACGGAGGGGAGAACAUCGAGCUGGGCAUCAAGGUGUGGCUGUGUGGGGGCAGCAUGGAGGUGCUGCCCUGCUCCAGGGUGGCGCACAUCGAGCGCAAGAAGAAGCCCUACAACAACAACAUCGGCUUCUACACCAAGCGCAAUGCGCUGCGCGUGGCCGAGGUCUGGAUGGACGACUACAAGUGGCACGUCUACAUCGCCUGGAACCUGCCCCUGGAGAAUCCAGGGAUUGACAUUGGUGAUGUUUCUGAGAGGAAAGCCUUGAGGAAGAGCCUGAAGUGUAAAAAUUUCCAGUGGUACCUGGACCAUGUUUAUCCAGAAAUGAGGAGAUACAACAACACCAUUGCUUAUGGAGAGCUGCGGAACAACAAGGCCAAGGAUGUGUGCCUGGACCAGGGCCCACAGGAGAACCACACAGCGAUCCUGUACCCGUGCCAUGGCUGGGGCCCCCAGCUGGCUCGGUACACCAGGGAGGGCUUCCUGCACCUGGGGGCCCUGGGCACCACCACGCUGCUGCCCGACACGCGCUGCCUGGUGGACACGGGCAAGAGCCGCUUCCCGCAGCUGCUGGACUGCGACAAGGUCAAGAGCAGCCUCCACAAGCGCUGGAGCUUCAUCCAGAACGGAGCCAUCCUGAACAAGGGCACGGGCCGGUGCCUGGAGGUGGAGAACAGGGGCAUGGCUGGCAUUGACCUGAUCCUCCGCAGCUGCACGGGGCAGAGGUGGACAAUUAAAAACUUCAUCAAGUAGAGGCUGGAGGAGUCAGGGGAGUCUGACUUGAGCCACGGCCGAGGGGACUGAUCCGCCUGGACUCCUUUGGAAAGGAUGGAAUAUCAAGCAGAGCUUUCCUCGUGCUCCUGGGACAGGACCUGGGGCAGAUGGGCACUUGUGGCUUUAUUUUUACCACGUGUGAGUCUCCCCUAGCUGAUGCCAGCUGUGUGGGGCUGGCUCAGAACUGCUGUUCCCUCUGGCCAGCUCUCCAAGAGGUGCCCCAUUCCCUGCUGGAGCAGCCUGGCAGCAUUUACUGACAGGGAGUUUCUGCUUUCCCACACAACUCCAAGCUCUCCCAAAGGGCUGGGGAGGUUUGCACCAUGACCCUGGCCAGACCUGCCUGGCAAGUGUGGAAACUGAGAAGCUGGGGAGAGGAAAACGUUCCCAAACCCCAAAUGAGCCAAUUUUGAAGGAUGGGGUGUUUUGCUGGGUCCUUGUUCCCUUUUCCCUUUCCUGCCCCUGCAUCCAGCCCUUCCCUGAGUUUUGGAGAAGCAAAACACCCCGCAGCAGCUCCCAGGGAUCUUUCUAACCCCUAAUCACAGAAGUUACCCCAAACAAUGCAGUGGAACAAACCCCCUGAGCUCCCCUUGCCCCUCUCCAGCACCUCCCUCCAUGGAGAGCCCAAAGGGGUUCCCUUGGGAAUGACCUGGGAUGUCUGCCUGCCCUUCUGGGUGACAGCAGGAAUGUUCUCUGAGGCUUGGACACCCCUGCCCUGCCUGCUCAGGCCUGGCCAGGGUCCCCCAGUGUCACUGCAGCCCUUCCUGGGCUGGGGAAGGGACAGGGAGGGAGGCCAAGGCCCCAGCAAAUGGCAGCUUGGCUGAAAUUCUUGGCCCUGAAGCCACUUCAGGCUUGUUGCUCUGGUGGAGAGAUCUCACCUUGUUUAAUUUUGGCUCACAGGAAUCCUGGCUACCAAAUCUUGGCUGCCAAAUCCACCUGGGAGUCCUCUGCCUGUGGCUGCCUGCAGAAGGGAAGCAGGAUCCUGCAGCAUUGCUGCUCGUGGGUGGGCACAGGCUUUGCUCAGCAGGGCGGAGAAACCAGCCCAUCUCCUGCCCUUCUCCCAGAAUAAUCCUCUUUGUGGCUGCCCUCUGGCUAGGGUGCACUAAAAUAGAUUAAUAUAUGAGAUGGAUGUGUAAAUAUGUUUCCCAAGCUGGGAUGUGCACAGAGUCCUUUGCUGCAGAGCACUCAUGCCUGUCUUCCAUUUGCAUCAGGAUGAAGCUCCCUGGAUGUUUAACGAGCUGAAUUUCCAAUGCCAUGCAGCAGGUUUAUAACUGAUGUUUUAGUAAUUUAUUGAACAGAAGCAGAUCUAUUUCAUUGUUCCUUCUACAGCAACUAGCAUCACCUAGGAGUGAUUGUUCAUUUAGGCUUUACAAGGCUCCCUCAACCACUGGGGCUGUCUCUGAUUUUUUCCCCUGCCUUCCUUAAUGAAGUAAAACCUCUUAGUUGUCCUGACCUGCAGAGUAGAGAGUCAAUGUAGAAUUUUGCUCUCUUUUUCGCUGUUGCAUCAUCCCUUGUGUAAUAAAUUUGAGCACUUCCAAACCCGAAACGACCACAACUCUGUGGAUGCAUGAGCCAGCUGCCCCUGCCUUUGUUGCUGCCUUCUGAGAAGCGAUUUCCUGGUGAUCCAGGACACCCUGAGGGCUUGGAGACCCCACAGCUCCGGUCCCGCUGGUAAACACCCUUAAACUGAGCAAAUAUUGCAGGGGGAGACUAUGUGGGUCAAGAUCAGCAGCCAGACAGCCCCUGGGUGUUGCCUGUGCUGUGAUUCAGCCCAGCUCGGGCCCUGCCAGUGCCCAGGGUGGCAGCAGAUGGCUUUUGUCACAUGUCACCGUGGUGGGGUGAGGUCCCAGCCCCAGAGCAGGGCUGGGUGGGAUGUGUGGCUGCUCCUGGGCUCCAUCCUGGCUGUGCUGAGCCCCUUGCCAGGAGGGCCUGGCUCUGUCCAGUCCCUGGCUCUGUCCAGUCCCUGCCUGUCCCUGGUCCCUCUGGGAUGGCCGCGUGUCCCUGGUGCCACUGUGGUCCCUGUGCCAGGUGGCACAGACACCCAGGGACAGCACGGGGAUCCUGCUGCUGCUGCUGCUGCUGAGCCCUGGGAUCCCUUGGGAUGUUCAGGCUCACAGCUGCCUUUCCUUCGUGCUCCAGAAGGAAAAGCAGCCCCCGGGCCAGCAGCAGGAAGGGAAGGUGGAGAUGAACCCUGGGCUCCAGGACCCUCAGCUGGGCACAGCCCCGGGGAGGUGUUGGCCCCUUCUCCCUGCUCCAGCUUCCAAACCGCUGGAAACAGGAGGAAAAUCAAGCUGGAAAGUGGGAAUUGCCUCUGCUGUUCUGUCCUGACACCGUUGGUGACUGCAGGGUGACCCCGGGAGAAAUCUGCCUGAGAUCUGGGUCUCGUUGUUGCAUCUCGCUUAUCUCUAAUCAUCUGUUAAUUGCUUUAAGAAGUGAUCUCCAAGUGAUUCUUAUUAAAUAUCUGGUUUGA